AUGGUGAACGUGUUUACAAUAGUAAAGCCGAUUGUGCAUGGAGUGAUGAAGCUGGCUGGUAUUACACCCCACAAGGUGGAGAUCGAACCGGGGACGAUCAUGAAUUUUUGGGUCCCAACCCAAGUCGUCAGCCACCAAAACCAAAGACCAUCAACAAAUAAGCCGCCGGUGGUACUUAUUCAUGGAUUCUUCGCCGACGGCAUUCUUACGUGGCUUUUCCAAGUUCUGGGCUUGACAAGAAACUACGCCGUUUACGUCCCUGACCUCCUUUUCUUCGGGGACUCCAUCACCGGCAGACCUGAACGGACGGCGGAUUUUCAGGCCAAGUGCUUGGCCAAAGGGUUGAUGAAGCUGGGAGUGGAGAGGUGCAGCGUGGUGGGGUUUAGCUAUGGAGGGAUGAUUGCAUUCAAACUGGCGAAACUGUAUCCUGACUUGGUGGAAUCCAUGAUUGUGUCCGGAUCAGUUCCGGAGUUGACGGAAUCAAUCAGCAUGGCGACAUUGGAGAAGCUUGGGUUCUCGAACUGGUCGGACAUUUUGUUGCCGAAACAGUGCAGGGACUCAGACGGCUUCUUUCAAUCGGGAGCUACUCAAGCUUAUUCUCCAGGUUUCCUAAUUUCAUCUUUAAGGAUUUUCUCCAGGCUAUGUUCCAUAGCAGGAAAGAGAGAACGGAGCUUCUAGAGGCAAUGGUUGUCCCCGACCAGGAGUUUACACCCACAGCGUAUUCCCAGAGAAUUUAUCUACUGUGGGGGAAUGAAGACAACAUUUUCGACUUGGAUGUUGCCCAUAACAUAAACUUGGAAUUGAAAAACAAGGCCAGCUUGUACUGCAUAGAGAACGCCGGACACAUUUCUCAUCUAGAGCGACCCUGCAUUUACAACAACCACCUCAAGAAAAUUCUUCAGUCCCUCCACCUGUGAAAAUUUAACCC